AUGAAACUCGUGCAAUUUCUUAUGAAACUUAGUCAUGAAACUGUCAUCAUUGAACUGAAAAAUGGGACUCAGGUACAUGGAACCAUUGCAGGAGUGGAUGUCAGCAUGAAUAUCCAUCUUAAAGCUGUAAAGAUGACUUUGAAGAAUAGAGAACCUGUCCGGUUGGAGACAUUGAGCAUUCGAGGCAAUAAUAUCAGAUAUUUUAUUCUGCCAGACAGUUUACCUCUUGAUACUUUGCUGGUAGAUGUUGAACCAAAAGUCAAAUCCCAAAAAAGGGAAGCAGUUGCAGGUAGAGGACGUGGAAGAGGAAGAGGGCGUGGAAGAGGGCGUGGAAGAGGAAGAGGGGGUCCAAGACGAUAAUUUCUUUGUAUCUGUUAUUU